AUGCGGCAACAGCAAGGACUACGCCAGGAGAGGCCGAUGGGCUUCGAGGCGGGGCUCUGCGUGCGCCGCGAGCAGGGCAAUGCGGAGUCCAGGCUCAUCGAGGAAGAGACCUUCCAGCCUGGGGUACUGCGGCCGCACAGGUCCAAGGAGGAGGACGAGGACCGCGAGAGGCAGCCCCUCUGGCGGACCGAGGAGGAGAGCAACAGAGGCAGCGGAACCUCGCCCAGAUCUACGAGAAGUACGGCGGGGGCAGCGGUGCUACCGGAGGCUCUUGCAGGCCUAUCGGCCGAGGACACCGAGGGCCCGGACGUCAUGAGGCUCGGCUGA